GAAACAUAUGGGGGUUUAUAUGAUUUUCGAAAUAUAAGGGAAGCAAAUUUUAUUGGAAAUAAAACCUAUAUAUAGACGCCACUGUCUCUGUGUUCGUAGGCGACGUAGUCUUAAAGAAUCUCUCCGAUUGUGCUUUAAACCCUAAUUUUUUACUCUCCCCUUGAAUUUUCCCGAGAAAAGAUAAACUUUCUGAGCGACCAAACAUGGCAAGCCACUCCCCAAACCUCGAGUGCCGCAUGUACGAGGCCAAGUAUCCAGAGGUCGACAUGGCCGUGAUGAUCCAAGUGAAGAACAUCGCUGAUAUGGGCGCUUACGUGUCACUUCUAGAAUACAACAACAUCGAAGGUAUGAUCCUUUUCUCGGAGCUUUCUCGGCGUCGGAUUCGUAGCGUCAGUAGCCUCAUCAAGGUGGGGCGCAUCGAGCCCGUGAUGGUGCUGCGUGUUGAUAAGGAAAAAGGUUAUAUCGAUUUGAGUAAAAGGAGGGUCAGUGAAGAGGAUAUUCAGGCUUGUGAAGAGAGGUAUAAUAAGAGCAAGCUCGUUCACUCUAUCAUGCGACACGUAGCUGAGACUUUGAGCGUCGAUUUGGAGGAUCUUUAUAUCCAUAUUGGCUGGCCUUUGUACCGCAAGUAUGGUCAUGCUUUUGAGGCAUUCAAAAUUAUUGUUACUGACCCUGAUUCCGUUUUGAAUUCCCUCAUCCGUGAAGUCAAAGAAACUGGCCCUGAUGGACAGGAGCACUUCAUUCUUCAUUGUAUUCCAUUCACCCCCUCUCAAGCGAUUCUUCCUCCUGCAAUCAUUUGGUUUCUUCUCCAAUUCAGUCAAUGCUUCGUCAAUUGUUUGGAUUUGGUUAAGGUCAGUAAGGUGGUUCCUGCUGUGACUGAGGAAUUGAAGGAUGCUUUAGUGAAGAAUAUCAGGAGAAGAAUGACCCCACAACCAUUGAAGAUUAGAGCUGAUAUUGAAAUGAAGUGCUUCCAGUUUGAUGGUGUUCUUCACAUUAAGGAUGCCAUGCGAAAAGCUGAGGCUGCUGGCAAUAAUGAUUGCCCUGUAAAAAUUAAAUUGGUUGCACCACCACUUUAUGUCCUCACCACUCAAACUCUUGACAAGGAUCAAGGGAUCUCAGUUCUCACUAAAGCGAUUGCUGCUUGCACUGAAGCAAUAGAGAAGCAGAAGGGAAAACUUAUUGUGAAGGAAGAACCAAGAGCAGUGAGUGAAAGAGAUGACAAAUUGCUUGCUGAGCACAUGGCUAAGCUACACCAACAAAAUGAGGAGGUAAGUGGUGAUGAAGAUAGUGAAGAAGAAGAAGAAGACACAGGAAUGGGAGAAGUGGAUUUGGAAAAUUCGGGUCCAGGGAUUACAGAGUGACAAGAUGCAGCAUGCAUUAAAUUUUCCGAAAAGAAUUUAUACACAACAUCGGGUCAUGCCAGAUCAUGAUCUAUCAGCUCCGACACAGCCGGUGUUAGGGGGAGACCUGGGUAUCCUCCAACCAACAGGUCUAAGUUUCCAGUCUUUUGUCUCUUUGAUUUGAUCUGUUCACUUUAUUUUCUACAACUAUAUACCAUUUAAUAUACUCCAAAUGAUGUAUAAAACUUGCUUGCAUGCAUUUAGUAGUAAAAACAAAACAAAACAAAAAAAGAAACUUACAAUUAUCA